AUGCUCCAAAACUCAGCAGUGCUUCUGGUGCUGGUGAUCAGUGCUUCUGCAACCCAUGAGGCGGAGCAGAAUGAUUCUGUGAGCCCCAGGAAAUCCCGGGUGGCAGCUCAGAACUCAGCUGAAGUGGUUCGCUGCCUCAACAGUGCUCUGCAGGUUGGCUGCGGGGCUUUUGCCUGCUUGGAGAACUCCACCUGUGAUACAGAUGGGAUGUACGACAUCUGUAAAUCCUUCUUGUACAGCGCUGCUAAAUUUGACACUCAGGGAAAAGCAUUUGUCAAAGAGAGCUUAAAGUGCAUCGCCAAUGGGGUCACCUCCAAGGUCUUCCUCGCCAUUCGGAGAUGCUCCACUUUCCAGAGGAUGAUUGCUGAGGUGCAAGAGGAGUGCUACAGCAAGCUGAAUGUGUGCAGCGUCGCCAAGCGGAACCCCGAAGCCAUCACCGAGGUGGUCCAGCUCCCCAAUCACUUCUCCAACAGAUACUAUAACAGACUUGUCCGAAGCCUCCUGGAAUGCGACGAAGACACAGUCAGCACCAUCAGAGACAGCCUGAUGGAGAAAAUUGGGCCCAACAUGGCCAGCCUCUUUCACAUCCUGCAGACAGAUCACUGUGCCCAAACAUACCCGCGAGCUGACUUCAACAGGAGGCGCACGAGCGAGCCACAGAAGCUGAAAGUCCUCCUCAGGAACCUCCGAGGUGAGGUGGCCUCUCCCUCCCACAUCAAACGCACCUCACAAGAGAGUGCAUAA